GCCUAUCAGUGCCACCUAUUAGUGCUGCCUAUCUCAAUGCCAUCAGUGCCUCCUCAUCAGUGCCCAUCAGUGCCACCUAUCAGUGUCCAUCAGUGUAGCCUAUCAGUGCCCAUCACUGCAGCCUCAUUAGCGCACAUCAGUGAAGGAGAAAAAUCACUUAUUUACAAAAUUAUAUAACAAAAACUAAGAAACAACUUUUUUUUU